CCUAUAUAAAUCUUGAAUGGAUUCUCUCAGCCCUGGAGAUCCCCUCACUUAUGCAGAAUAUCUGAAAGCUCAAGGAAAUCAUGAUUUCAAAAGUGGAAAGUAUUGCCUUGCCAUCAGAAAAUAUGAUGAAGCAAUAAACAUAAUACUUCAUUUCUUCAGUGCCACGGGGGUUUCGUGCAAUCGAGACAUAGCAGUAUUGUUCUGCAACAGAUCAAAUGCUUUUUACAAUUUGGGUAAAUGGCAUGAGGCGUAUCACUCUGCAGAAGACUGCCUGAAAUGGGAUGCAACUUAUAUUAAGGGAUACUACAGAACAGGUUACUCUCUGAUUAAAUUGUCAAAAUCCCUAAAAGCAGCAGAAAGGUUUUACCAAGGUUUGACUGUUCUCCAGACUUCAUCAGAUCAAAUUCCAAUCAAUCAAAUUUCUGAUUUGAUAAUCGGUACUUUCUCAGCUAUUAACAAUGAAAGGACUAUUAACCAGAAAAUGGUAUCUAUUUGUAAAAACAUUAUGGAUACUUUUGUCAGUCCACUGCUUUGGCAACAAGUAAUUGAAAAGCUGGUAAGAAAACGUUUAUGGCAGUCCUGUCUGUGGCUGGCUACUGAGCAAGAAAAAUUGCCAAGAAAUCUGCAAGUUACUGAUUUAUCGCUGAAAGACCUCUUUGAGAAGCAUAUUUUUGAGGCCCACUUUGAAAAUAUACGAAGAUUAUCCAUAUUAGUGGAGUGGUUGCUCUCUAUUGGAACAAAAGUAGAAAGCAUUGGAGACUAUCCUCUUCAUGCUGUCAUCAUGUUUUGCAUCAAAGCAAAUGAAAACAGUCUUUUCAAAUGGUUACUGAAUUAUAAGCCUGAAUUGAAGAGCCUUAUUAACCAACAAAAUGAAGAUGGGUCCACAGUUCUUCAUCUAGUAGCAUCUCAGACUAGUAGAUAUUCAUGGAAAAAUCAAAAGGAAUAUAUCAUGAUGCUUCUAAAUGCUGGGGCAGAUCCAAAUAUCUCUGAUGCGCAAUCAAGAUCACCUCUGGAUAUCUUGAAAAAAACCAGGAAGUUCAUAGCUGUAGAUCUAAUCAACAGCUACUCAACUAGCAGCAAAUUACACCUGGAGGAAUUACCAGGAGAGAUUGGAAGUGAAGCAUCUGUAGAUCUAAUUAAUUCACUUCAAGAGGCUUUUGAACAAUUUGUGGAGUUUUGCUGCUUAGUACAAGAGGAAUACAGUCCCAAGAUGUUGAAACAUGACAAAAUCCAAAGGCUUUUGAAGCUGUUGUCUGCAGUAUCGGAGAUUCCUGAAAACCUUGCCUGUGAGAUUUCUCCUAUUUGUGCCAAUGGCUUUAUAAAGUUAUUGUUGGAGAAGCAUAUGUGGCAUGAAGUUUUGUUACUGUUGACCAGAAAGGCCACAGGGGAAAUGACACCGGGAGAUAGAUUACUUAAGAACUGUUCUCUCUCAGACGUGGACAUUGGAACUGUCUUGAAAAACAUAAAUAAGAAUCAUAAGCAUCGAGUACAGCUCAUAAGAUGCUUGAUAGAAAGAGGAGCCCCACCUGAAGGGAUUGGAACUACUCAGGAGAAACCGCUUCUGGAAUGUUUAAAAAAGAAUGAUUUUGAAUUGGCAUAUUUGUUCCUGAAAUCUGGCGCAGAUCCUAGUUGUUUAUCCAUUUGGAGAAAUGACACGCCUUUACAUUCUGCAUUGUCAAUUUAUCUUGAUAAAAAAGAUGAUGCUGGGAUCAGUAUCCUGAGUCAUCUUCUAAAAUUGUACAAGUCAAAUCCAUCCACAUUUUCACAUCUUAAUCCAAAUACCCAAAACAAAAACGGGGACACAAUAUUGCACAUUGUCUUUCAGAAAAAUCUGACAAAGCAGAUUACAAAAGUUCUAGGCUUGCUAGCAAAAUUUGAUAUUAACUUUAAUUUGAAAAAUAAUUUAGGCAGAGAUAUACGGUACAAAAUAAAAAAGAAUGACCCAAUGCUUAUUGCUUGGAAUGACGCUCUAAGUGAAAACAAGAAAAGAUACCGAUAUGAUGCAAUGGGACAAAAAUCCACUGCAGGUUUAAACAGGUCACAAACAAAAAAUUCUGCCCAUUCUUCAAUCACAUUAUCAAAUGCGACAUCUAUAGAAAUAUCAUUAAUCAAGGAACCAAAUGCAGAUACAGAAAAAGAACAUGAUUCAUUCAAGGAUAGGCUACUGACACAGAAAGAAUGUAUUCUGCAGGAAAUCACAUUGCUAAUGCAAAAAGUUGAAUUUGGUGAAUUUUCAGGAAAAAUUGAUUCAGAGACAUUUGAGAAACCUAAGGAGUUAUCUUCAGUAGCAAAAACUGAAAUCAAGGAGAUCAAACAUAAAAAGUCCUGUGGCCAGCAGAAGAUAGCUUACAGUAAAAAGGAUGCUUGCCUGAGUAAAAAUGACUUGAAGGAAAAAGCCCAGAAAGAACCCAGGGAAUGCAAACAGGAAGGGGAAGAACCUAUUCAGGACGAUGAUCAGUUCCAGGAUGUAGAGAUGUACAUUCAGGACUUUGAUAACAUGACAUGGGAAAUUGAGUGUACAUCUGAAAUGCUAAAGAAGCUGAAUGACAAAAGCAUGCCUCGCCAAAUAAAAAACAGAGUAAUGUUUGUUAUUCAGCAACUGGGAAAUGGAGAAUGGACUCAAAGUCUUCAAAAGCAUCUGAAACAUUUGAAAGGUGACAUUCAGCUCUAUGAAGCAAAGUUGUCCAAGGGGUCAAGGAUGCUGUGGGAGUUGGCAGUAGAUUUUUCUCCUCGUUGCAGUGAAAGACAAAUUAAAAUAACAGAAAAUGAUGCUUGCAGCUCAGCAGAAAAAAAUGGAAGAGUUUAUACAGAAAUAAUUCGCCUGUGGGAUAUUGUUCUUGAUCAUGACAAACUCAGCCGUGCCAUUGACAUUGUUUGCAUUGCAUACAAUCGUGGGCUGGAUUGUAUCCUGAGAAAAAAACUGAAAGGUAUAAAUAUAGGCUCCAUAUCUUCUAAUCUGAAAACACAAAAGCGUAUUCCUCUCAUUUAUGUGGAAGUCACCAAAACAGAAAAAGUGAAAGAUCAUGCACUUCUUGAAUAUUUCCACCCAGCAAGUACAGUUGAAACUGAGUACAAUGUAAUGAAGUUUCAUAGUUUCAGUACUAACAUGGCAUUUAACAUCCUAAAUGAUGUAACUUCUACUGUUGAAUAUCCCUUUAGAGUUGGUGAAUUAGAAUAUGCAGUUAUUGACUUGAACCUCAAACCGUUGGAGCCAAUAAUCUUGAUUGGGCGGAGUGGAACAGGAAAAACUACAUGUUGUCUAUAUAGACUUUGGAAAAAAUUCAGUUCCUAUUGGGAGAAAGCAGAGUUAGCAGGAGGCCCAUUGUUAGUCAGACAGACGUGGCACAGAUUAAAAUACAGUACACGUCUGGGAAAUGAGAACGUAGCAGACAUAAAUCAUGAUAAAAGUGAACUCGGUAGUGAUCCUGAUCAUUUGACAGACUUGAAAACCUCUUUCAAUAUGCAUAGUGCUAAAAAAGAAAAUGAAGUUGAGUGUGACACUUUGACUUCAGUGGACUCAAUGAAUUCACUAUGUGAAUGCGAUGAGGGUGAGAAACCUGUUGAGGAAGAAUCUGUCAAACUAGUGCACCUGCAUCAAAUCUUUUUAACUAAAAAUCAUGUUCUGUGCCAAGAAGUUAAGAGAAACUUCACUGAGCUUAGUAAGUCUUCCAAGGCAACCUGUCACUUCAAGCCACUUGAAUCGAAUAUCUACAGGCUUCAGGAUAUCAAAAAUGAAAAUUUUCCACUCUUCCUUACCACCAAACAGUUGUUGCUCUUACUGGAUGCCUCUGUGCCUGAGCCAUUUUUCCCCAGAAAUGAGGAUGGAAGCCUUAAACAUAUUGUUGAUGGAUGGUCUACUACAGAAGACUUGGCAAUCAUAAACUGGCAAGAAGAAGAUGAAGACAUUGAUGGGGAAAUAGAUUAUGAUGAAGAUGAAAAGGCUACAGAAAGUUAUACAAAAGAGUGUGACCCUCGAAUCUUUGUGACUUAUAACAUAUUUGCUGAUGAAAUUUGGCCUAAAAUGGUCAAAAGCAAAUGUGCCUAUAACCCAGCAUUGAUUUGGAAAGAAAUAAAAUCAUUUCUGAAAGGCUCUUUUGAAGCUCUGAACAGCUACCAAGGCAUACUGACGAUGGAAGAAUAUAAAAAUCUAGGACGAAAAAGGUCCCCAGAUUUCAAAGAAGACCGUGGUGAAAUCUACCGACUUUUUUGCCUGUAUCAGCAAAUAAAAUCACAGGGAAAUUACUUUGAUGAAGAAGACUUACUGUAUAAGUUGUCUCAGCAGCUUUCAAAACUUGGUGAAUUGCCAUGGUGCAUCCAUGAACUUUAUGGGGAUGAAAUUCAGGAUUUCACUCAGGCAGAAAUAAUGUUGCUAAUGAAUUGCAUUGAGGAUCCUAAUGCAAUGUUCUUGACUGGUGAUACUGCUCAGGGCAUUAUGAAAGGAGUAGCUUUUCGUUUCAGUGAUUUGAAAUCACUUUUUCACUAUGCCAGCCUAAGUUCUAGUGACAAGCAGUAUUUGGUUAGAAAGCCAAGAAGGAUAUAUGAGCUUUAUCAGAAUUACAGAUCUCAUUCAGGGAUUCUUAAUUUAGCCUCAGGAGUUGUUGAUCUGCUUCAGUGGUAUUUCCCAGAAUCUUUUGAUCGUCUUCCUAGAGAUAGAGGUCUCUUUGAUGGACCUAAGCCUACUGUGUUGGAAUCUUGCAGUGUUAGUGAUCUGGCAAUUUUGCUAAAAGGCAAUAAAAGAAAAACACAGCCAAUAGAAUUUGGAGCCCACCAGGCAAUACUGGUAGCUAGUGAAAGGACCAAGAAAAAUAUCCCCGAGGAGCUUAACUUGGCCCUUGUGCUAACAAUCUAUGAAGCAAAAGGCUUGGAAUUUGAUGAUGUGCUCCUUUACAACUUUUUUACAGAUUCAGAGGCUUACAAAGAAUGGAAAGUAAUUUCUUCUUUUAUACCUCACACUGAUUUGCCUGAUCAAGAAACCAAGCCAAUAAUCGAAGUACCCUUGGAGAAAGAUGUUGUUGCAAAAAGAAGACAUUCAGUUCUAAAUCCAGAAAUGUAUAAGAUGCUUAAUGGAGAGCUAAAGCAGUUGUAUACUGCUAUCACAAGAGCCAGAGUAAAUCUGUGGAUUUUUGAUGAAAACUGUGAUAGGCGGGCCCCUGCAUUUCAAUAUUUUAUCAAACGAGAAUUUGUUCAGGUUGUCAAAAAGGAUGAAAAUAAAAAAUUUGAGGAUAGUAUGUUUGUUAAAACAUCAACUCCAGAAGAAUGGAUUGCACAAGGAGAAUAUUAUGCUAGACAUCAGUGUUGGAAGGUUGCUGCAAAAUGCUAUCAACAGGGAGGAGCACACGAGAAAGAGAAACUGGCUUUGGCACAUGAUACUGUGCUUACAGUUCAGUCAAAGAAAAUCAACCCGAAAGAGAAGCAAAUGGAAUACCUAAAUCUGGCUAAAACCUACCUGGAAUGUUUUGAGCCAAAUUUGGCACUCAAAUGCCUGUUUCAUGCAAAAGAAUACCAGCUGUGUGCAAAAAUUUAUGAAAAAUGUGGAAAGAUAAAACAGGCAGCAUAUUUGUAUAAGAGAUGCCAGUGCUACAAGGAUGCAUCCAGAUGUUUUGAACAGAUUCAGGAGUUUGAUCUAGCACUUAAAAUGUGUUGCUGUGAAGAACGGUAUGAAGAGGCAGCAAAAUCUGUUGAAAGAUAUGAAGAAAUAUUACAAAAAGGAAAUUGGGCAGAUUUCAAACUGUCAUACACAGCAGACCAGUUUUAUUUGGAAGCUGCUGCAAAAUACUCUCGAACAAAUAAAACCAGUAAAAUGAUGGAGAUGCUCUCUCACCUGGAUGCGGAAGACCAGCUUGCAUUCUUGAAAGCACACAAACAUAUUGAGAAAGCAGCUGAUCUGUUGAAAGCAGAAGGCAGAGAUGAGGAAGCUGCAAAACUUAUGAAACAGCAUGGUUUUUUCUUGGAAGCAGCAAAACUUACUAAUCAAAUGGACUUCCAAGCAUCCUGUUUACUUGGUGCAGCCCGCCUUAGUGUAGCAGGCUUUAUUAAGCUUGCAGAUGUAAAAGCCAUUUUGAGUGAUGCUUUAGAACUGUUUGAGCAAACAAACCAGAAAUUGGGAAGUGCCGAGGCCACCUAUUUGAUGGGUGUUAUAACAAAAGACUUUGCUAAAUUGAAGGUAGCCUUUGAUAUGUUUUUACAUGUGAAUCACUGUGCUGGGGCUGUAGAAGCUUUGUUUCAAGCCACAAAGUGUGUAGCAGAAAAUGGAGCCAUCUUGCAGAUGACUGUUUGUGGGACUGAGGCAAUUCUGAAGCUGGUCAAAGCUUUCCAAAAAGCAGGCAAUAAUGCAGAAAGAGAAAUGGUGAAAUCAUGUUUCGAAUAUUUUGGGAUUAUGCCAAUAGAUGGAAAUUUUUGGCAAGUCUUCCCUAAAGAAGCAGGAUGUAUUCUAGAACUUUUGCCUGAAGACAAUACAGUAACAGAAAAUAAACAAAGUGACCAGUUCAAGCUUAGCUUGAAAGAAGUAAAAAGUGUGCUGAAUCAGCAUUUAUUAAAUAGGCUAAUUGCCAUUAUUCGCUAUUUAUUUGAACUGAGUUUUCCCGGAAUUUGCAUGAAAUUCAUUGCAGGCUUGCAGUGCAAGGAUAAAACCUGUAAAGAUUUUCAUAAAGUUUUGGCACAUGAUGAAUUAAAAUCUGUAUUUCAAUGUAAAAUGCACUUGGCUUCAAUCAAUGGGCUGUUGCUAGAAGCAGAGCAAUUGUUCUCAAAACAUUUGUUUCACAAUUCCAAUGGCAUCAAUGAACUGCUGACAGCUGAUAAAUAUGCAUUGUGCAGGUCUCUCAUUAAUACUCUGUUUCCUAAAUGCUUUCAUUUGGGAAUGGUUUCUGAGAAUCCGUUGGACUGUAAAGAAAUCCUGAAUUAUGGAAUUACUAAUUCUUGCAAUAUAGUGCUGAGAGAAUACAUCAGGUUUGAGUUUAAAAAUGAAACUGUCAGAAAUAGAAGAGAAUCCACCGAUCUGUGGCUAAGAGUAAUGCAAGUCUUUGCUUUGACGUCUAGUUAUCCUGCAGAGUUUGAGAGCCUUCUUUGUAAAGAAGAAGAUGACUAUAGCAAAGAAUUAGAAGGCAGCGGGAAAAAGAAAUUCAAAGGAAUAGAAGGCAAAUUUGGUAUGUUGAUGACUGACAGAUACACAGAAAAUGCUGUAAGCACCCACUUGUGUUUCAUUCGACUGCUGCAGAAUUCAAUGGAUCAGCUCUACAUUCAUAGAAAUCCUGAGCAAUGUAAAUGGCUGUUUUACCGUUUCAUGAAUGUCUUGGUGAAGAAAUGCAUUCAUCCUUUGAUUCCAAGCAUAGGUAAUACAGUGACUUUGCUGGAAUUUCAAUUUGUUUUUGGUUGUGCCACUCUCAUGCGUCUCUGUGAAAACAUGACUCUUUGUCUGCCCAGGAGCUACAUUGCCCUGUUUCACUACUGGGACUUUUUAUUUACAAGGGGAGUUCAACAAAAAGACGUAUUUUCUGUUAUACAAGAAUAUAAGCCAGAGAAUCCAAAGCAAGCUAUAUGGAAAUUUAAAUUUCACCUCAUGUAUAUAGCCAAUGUUUUGUGUGGAUAUGAACAUGAAAAUUUCAAUGUUCUCAGGGAUGCUUUUUGUAAUCCUGAUUUCAUCAUGUCAGGGGAAGCAGAGCGAACAGUGGUGCUUUGCUUGGUGAUGUUAAUAAAUGCUGAUCAAGUGCUUGGUAGGAAGCAUAAAGAUGCAUUAGCUGAGCAAUUUCCUUCUAUCAAGGAAUACCUUGCAGAAAUGAAAAAACAGUACCCAUCUGAAAUACCUGAAAGAUUGUUCAAGAUGGUGGAUUUCAUGAUUGAAGCAUCUGAGGUUAAAGAAGUUGUUGAAGGACUCAAGGAGCUGCUGUUUUGCCGAGACAAAGAAUUUUUAGCUGAUUGUUCUUGGAGGUGGGAUUCUAAAGGAGUCAAAGGCAUCUAUUAUGAAGUUGCUGACUUGGACAGAUUUGCAUAUCACAGGCAGGCAGAUUAUUUUGAAGAUUUAGAAAUUGAUCUUAAUAAAGACAUUGAUGUUGAAGACACAGAAGACCCAUUAGCCAUUAUAGCAUCAAAACGGCAUCAGAAAACUUCUGCCAAGAAAAGGUUACAAUCCCUUUUCCUGUUUGUGCGUUGUUGUGUUAGAUGGAAAAGGAUUCCACGUCCAAAGCCAGACUCCUUGGAAAUGGUAUUAGGGAUCUUUAAAAGAGCAGAUAUUGACUCAACACAAUGUGAUCUUUGUGGAGUCAAAUUUCCCUCAAAUCCUGCAAACUUUGUUUCUCUGGUAGAACAUACAGAAGAAUCCAAAGAGAUAGUAUCUCCAACAGAAACUGAUAGGGAGGAGAUGAUGGAAAUAAAUCAAAAAGUUGCUACUGGAACAACUUUUGAAAACCAUGUUAUCUUGGAUGAGCAUAAAAAUAAAGAAAAAUUGUAUUGGAGAUACUAUGAUUUUUUCAAAAAUGAGAUGGAACCAUCAAUAUGUAGAGGGAUGAAUAUAGUGGAAAUGAUCAGAGACAAAGCCUGCAUCAGAGGUGACUUUGCAUCCAAGGAACAUUCAGAAGUAGUACAAAGGAAAAUCCAAAGUAUUAUUAAGAAGAUUUCUGAUACUGUGGAAGAUAUCUACAAGAGAAAAGCAUGGGCUGAUGCUAAGAAAAUCAUUUCUGAGUUGGCUACCAGUCUGAAUUCUAAUUUAGACAACGCCAUAAAGUUGCUGGAGAAAAUGGAAUCCUAUACAAGGGAAGAAGACUUUGAUAAUCACAAAAUGGACAUUGAAGUAGAAGAAGAGAUAACUUUCAAAGAACUGCAUGCCAAAAAACCUUCAAAACACAAUAGAAAGAAAAAUAAAAGGAACUGAGCGAUAAAAAGGACUCUGCAAGAAGCUAAGUUUUGAGAACUUAAAAAACUGCAUACUCAUGUUAAAGCCACUGUGAAUCCAUAGGAUACUACAUUAAAGAUAAUGUACUAUUAUUUAACACACCUGUAUAACCUCCUCAAAAUGUUAAAUGCCUUAUAUGCAUUUUAACUGAA